AUGGGCAUGAAGAAUAGACCCCAUGUUGUAAUGCUGGCCUUUCCUGCUGUGGGUCACGUUAAGCCCAUGAUGCAGUUUUCCAAAAUUUUGUCUGCCAGGGGCUUCUAUAUCACUUUUAUCAAUACUGAAUAUAUGCAAGAGAAAAUGUUGAAAUCUGGAUCGAUCCAAUCCAUGAGUGAUAUCAGCUUCGAAACUAUUCCAGAUGGGCUGCCUCCCCAGCACAGACGAACCAGCCAAAUUGACCAGCUUUGUAAAUCCAUUACAGAUAAUUGUCCAGUGCAUUUUGAAAAGCUGAUAGAUAAGUUGAAGAGCACAGCAGAAGUCCCUCCUUUGAGCUGCAUUAUUUAUAAUGGGCUCAUGAGUUGGGCUCAAAAAUCAGCCAAGAGAUUGGGAAUUCCUGGAGUGUACUUUUGGACAGCCAGUGCUUGCGGCUUCAAUAUUUACUUCUCUGUGCCUCUUCUCAGGGAGAAGGGAUACAUUCCUCUCUAA